AUGCCGCACCCCGUCUCGCCGCCGACCAUGGUGUCCAAGGACGACCCUCCCCCGCCGUCGCAGGAGGAUGUCUCGGCCUUCGUCAACACCGUCUUCACGGCCAAGACGUCGGGCGCCUCCGUCGACGCCAGCUACGGCCUGUGCGACCUGCUUCUCAACUCGGUCGGCGUGUCCGGCCUGCAGCAGUACGGCGUCCUCGCCGAGAUCAAGAAGGCCGCCGCCGACAAGAAGGACGGCUUCCGCCGCGAGAGCAGCCAGAACCUACUCGGCGCCAUCUUCGAGCGCUUCCCUGCCCGCCAGCACGUCAGCGAGGUUGUCUUCCUCGUCCAGGAGGAUGGGCUCGUGCCGUGCGCGCUAGACGCUCUGGCCGACAAGGGCGCCGUUGUGCGCGAGGCCGCCCAGUACGGGCUCGAUGCCCUCCUUGGCAAUCUGAGUGCCGAGGCCCUCGUCACGGGUCUCCUGCCCGUGCUGGUUCAGUACUUGUCCCGAAAGACGGGCAAGUGGCAAGGCACCGUCGGCGCCUACAAGCUGCUCCAGAAGAUGGCCGACAAGUCGCAGAUGGCCAUUGGCACGACCAAGGAGGAGGCUGUCGAGAAGGACAUCCUCCGCGAGGCCAUGGGUGCCAAGCUGGCCGGCCUGAUCCCCAUCGUCGAGAGCGGUAUGCACGACUUGAAAGCCGAGGUCGAGAAGCAGGCUGUUCAGACCAUGAACUCGCUCACCACUCUGCUCUCCAACGACGACGUCGCUCCUCGGAUACCCCUCCUCGUCGAAACGAUGCAGCAUCCUUCGGCUCAGACCCUUCAAAAAGCCAUCCACGCGCUCUCAAUGACGACCUUCGUCGCCAUCGUCACGUCGCCGGUUCUGGCACUCUUAACGCCCUUCCUCGAGCGGUCCCUCAACUCGCCCAACACCGCCCAGGAGGUUCUGCGCCAGACCGUCGUCAUCGUCGAGAACCUCACCAAGCUCGUCCACGAUCCUAUCGAAGCUAGAACAUUCCUGCCAAAGCUCACCCCCGGUGUCAAGGGCGUUUGCGACCGCGCUUCGCUCCCUGAGGUCCGCGAGCUUGCGAACCGAGCCCUGGCCACCAUGGAGAAGGCCAUGGGCAACGACAAGGAUAUUGUUGCUCGUACCACUGCCGAUGAUGUCGGCAAGGUCCUUGACGAGCAGAUCAAGAAGCAUGGUGGCCUCGCGGGCCACCCGGAUCUCUACAAGGUCGCGCGCCCAUACAUCAGCGACAUGGUUGCGACCGAUGUCAACUACCGCUUUGUCAAGCGCAUUUCGGGCCGCGUCGCGCCGUACCUCGAGACCCUGAUGCGGGAUUCCGAGGCUCACCAGAAGGUCGGGGACGCCAUCGAGCAAUUCUACAUCGAGGAGGACAACCGCCGCUAUGGUGUCCCUGAGAAGGAGGAUGAUGGCGAAGUUGAGAUUGUCAAUGCCGACUUCUCUCUGGCCUAUGGUGGCAUGCUGUUGCUGUCGCAUACCAACCUCCGCCUUCUCAAGGGCCACCGCUAUGGCCUCUGCGGUCGCAACGGUGCUGGAAAGUCCACCUUGAUGAGGAGCAUUGCUAAUGGCAAGCUCGAGGGCUUCCCUCCCCAGGACGUUCUGCGCACUUGCUUCGUGGAGCACAACCAAGGCGAGGACGCCGACAUCAGCAUUCUGGAGUUUGUUUCCAAGGACCCGACAAUCGCUGACCAAGGAACCGAGCGUAUCUCAGAGGUCUUGUCCGAGUUCGGCUUCACUGCCGGCCCCGAAGGUCGCCAGGCCCAGAAGGUCGGCUCCCUCUCUGGUGGUUGGAAGAUGAAGCUGGCCCUCGCCCGAGCCAUGCUGCAGAAGGCCGACGUCCUCCUCUUGGACGAACCGACUAACCACCUCGACGUCACCAACAUCGCCUGGCUGGAGAACUACCUCAAGACGCACACCGAGAUUACCAGCAUGAUCGUUUCUCACGACUCUGGCUUCCUCGAUAAUGUCACGACCGACAUCUACCACUACGAGCCCAACAAGAAGCUGGCAUGCUACAAGGGCAACCUCGCCAACUUUGUGACGCUCCGCCCUGAGGCCAAGAGCUACUACACCCUCUCGGCCAGCAACGUGCAGUUCAAGUUCCCUCCUCCUGGCAUUCUCAGUGGCGUCAAGUCUCAGACACGUGCCAUCAUUCGCAUGUCGAAUGUCUCCUACACCUAUCCCAACGCUCCUAAGCCUUCUUUGAUGGAAGUGUCUUGCCAGCUGUCGCUGUCGUCACGCGUUGCCAUUAUUGGACCGAAUGGCGCGGGCAAGUCGACGCUUAUCAAGCUUCUCACAGGCGAGACCAUUCCCACGACCGGCAAGGUCGAGAAGCAUCCCAACCUGCGUAUCGGAUACAUCAAGCAGCACGCCCUGGAGCACGUCGAGAUGCACCUCGAGAAGACGCCCAACCAGUACCUUCAAUGGCGCUACGCCAACGGUGAUGACCGCGAGGUUCACAUGAAGCAGACCCGUAUCUUGUCAGACAAGGAUCGCGAGCAGAUGGACAAGUGGGUCGACCUCAAGGAUGGCAAGGCCGCUCGCCAGAUCGAGACUCUCGUUGGUCGUCAAAAGUACAAGAAGACGUUCCAAUAUGAAGUCAAAUGGCGCAACCUGCUCCCCAAGCACAACACCAUGAUCUCCCGAGAGACACUUAGCGAGCUCGGCUUCGACAAGCUCGUUCAGGAGUUUGACGACCACGAGGCGUCGCGUGAGGGUCUCGGCUACCGCGAGCUCCUGCCCAAGGUCAUCUCCAAGCAUUUCGAGGACCUCGGUCUUGACCCGGAGAUUGCCAACCACAACGAAAUCGGCUCUCUGUCUGGUGGCCAAAAGGUCAAGGUCGUUAUUGCUGGUGCCAUGUGGAACAACCCGCAUCUGCUUGUGCUCGACGAGCCGACCAACUUCUUGGAUCGCGACUCUCUUGGCGGUCUUGCUGUCGCCAUUCGCGAGUUCAAGGGUGGUGUCAUCCUCAUCUCCCACAACGAGGAAUUUGUUGGUGCUCUGUGCUCGGAGCAGUGGCACGUUGCCGACGGCCGUGUCGCUCUCCGCGGCAACACCGCCGUCAGCCUCGACCGGUUCGAGGACAGCCGACCGGGCAGCGGUGUCACCAGCACGGCCGCUAGCUCCGUCGUCAGCAGCGCCGUCAACUCGGGCGUCGAGGACAACGCGGACAUGAAGUUCAAGGCCAAGAAGAAGAAGAAGAUGACCAAGAAGGAGCUCAAGGAGCGCGAGGUCCGACGCCGUCUGCGCCACAUCGAGUGGCUCAACAGCCCGAAGGGCACGCCUCACCCCCCGGACACCGACGACGAGGACUAA